CAGCUGUGUGUAAAAUAGAAUCCGGAAAUACAAGCAUCCAAAGAUGGCGUUCUUCUCGUAGAAGAGUCUUACUGGGAAAUUAACUAUUGCGAUUGUUUAUUGAUUAAAGUUGCGUUUUAACAGAUACAUGAUGUCUCUGGAAAUGUUCGCCUGCUGUUGAUGAAUAGACAUUUCCCUCAACCAGAAUGGCAGGAGUAGAAUAUACUGCAGACGGCGGCGAUUCCUAUACGGAAAACCUCAUUGGAACCUUGCUGGCCAUUUUUGGUAAUUUGCUUGUCAGCAUCUCUGUAAGCAUUCAGAAAUACAGCCAUGUAACAUUAGCGGGGACCAAGGACCCCCGUGCCUUCUACCUAACCAAAACAUGGUGGUGUGGCCUGGUACUUACCGUUCUAGGAGAAGCAGCCAACUUUGUCUCCUAUGCCUUUGCACCUUUAUCUCUAAUAGCUCCAUUGAAUGCAGUGUCUGUCAUAGCAAGUUCAAUCUUAGGUUUCAUUUUCCUGAGAGAGAAAUGGAAGCCAAAGGAAUUUUUAAAGCGAUACGUUUUGUCUUUCCUUGGAUGUAUCUUGACGGUAGCCGGGACCUACCUCUUUGCCACGUUCGGACCCAACUAUCACCAGAAACUUACUGCAGAGAACAUAGUGAAACAGGUCGUAGGAUGGCCCUUCCUCUUGUAUGUGUUCCUGGAGAUUAUUGCCUUCUGUCUUCUGCUGUACUUCUACAAGCAGCGCAACGCUAAUCACAUUGUUGUCAUUCUCCUGCUGGUGGCGCUGCUCGGUUCUGUGACUGUGAUCACAGUGAAAGCAGUGGCAGGCAUGCUGGUCCUCAGCGUCCAGGGCACCAUGCAGCUCAACUACCCCAUCUUCUACGUCAUGUUUGUCUGCAUGGUUACCACUGUGGUCUUCCAGGCUACGUUUCUCUCCCAGGCUACUCACCUGUACGACUCCUCCACGAUAGCCUGUGUGAACUACAUCCUAUCCACAUCCUUUGCGAUUGUCGCAGGAGCCAUAUUUUACCUGGAGUUUAAUCAUGAAGACAUUCUUCACAUCUGCAUGUUUUUGUUGGGAUGUUUCUCUUGUUUCCUGGGAGUCUUCCUGAUUACCAAGAACAGGAAAAGGCUGAAGGCCUUUGAACCCUAUGUGACAAUGGACAUGUCGCAAGGUAAUGAAGGUAUUCCCACCAUUCACGACAAGGGCUGGCGAGCAGUGCAGCCGGACUAUAACGGUUCCUUUUCCUACGGUGCCCUGGUUAACAAUGACAGCGUGGCGCCCGCCACUCUACCAGAGCUGGAUCAUGACCAGCUGGCAGUCACACCCAGUCCCACCGCCGCCCCCUAUAGUUCGGCUGACCUGAAAAACGACUGAGGCACCUUUCAGACGUGCUUCAACCUCCCCCACCCCACCCGUAGGCUGCGUCUCAAUCCUCCACCCUUCUCCUGAAGUGGUGCACACGUCUGGAAAAGGGUUCAGAAUAGGGAUGUAACCAUAGACUCAGUGUAGGAUGAUGUCAUCAUUACUAUGUUACCCCCAUCUGGCCAUGUCUAACAAUAAGGAAGUGUUUUGUGGGUUGUCAGAAUCAUGCUGUACAGCGGUGGUUCCCAAACUGUGGGGUACCCCCCCACCCCCCAAAAUAAACAUUUAUGAUUGUUAUUUUGUGGGGGGGGGGCACCCAGUCCAACUUUCAACUUACUCUUGAAAAGUUUUAGUAGUAGAAUGCAGAAGGUGCAACUUCUAAAUUGGGUAGUACAUCAUCAGUUCCUCUUGUCAUGUCAGUCAUUGCCUUCCUUAUUUUAUGCUAUGUAUAACCUGUCAGAAAUGUCCCGAUCAACUAUCCCAUGUUUGAGUCACUCAAAUAUCACAUUUAAACAUUACAAAAUGUAUAGCAAUUUGAGUAAAUUUGCUUUAAAUGGGGGUGGGGGGUCUAGGUAGUUCCCCAAAACUGGAAGGGGUGUCUAAGUGAAAGUUUGGGAACCCCUACUCUACAGUAAUUCAACUGAGCUGUACACUCUUCUUUUAAUGUCUUCCUAUCCACGGACUGCAAUGAGGGGCAUUUCAACCAUGAGACAUUAGCUUUAUUCCUGCAAAUCAUUCCAAGAAAGUUACUGAAGUAUCCUGAAGUUGUCACUGACCGCGGACAAACAUCGACCUGGAUCCACGCAAUCCAGGCCCAUAGACAUGUCAUACCUUUGGACAUUAAUGUGCCUUAGACUAAAGCACCCUGCCUGUUUCUCCCUGCUGCUGUGUGUUCGCCACAUAAGAUUGAGUGACUUAUUCCAUGUUAAUGCAUUUCUGCAGGAUUUCUUUCAAUAGACUUGCCAAUGAAUACUGUCUGCAGUUUUCCUUGUAUGUUUUGCUUGAGCAGUUGAAGUCACCCCACAAUUCUGCCUCUGACGAGUAAGACGGUGUACGACUGCUUAGUCCAAAAAUGACCAAAAUGCUUAUAAACUGUUAUUGUUUUAAGUUAUUUUAGUUGCAUUUAAAUCAUCAAGUUGUAGUUGGGACUAUGGUCUUGUAAAUGCACAAUGAUUGUGUGAAUUCCAUGUAAAACUGAAAGAAAUGGUGAUUUAAAAAAAAGUAGCAUAUUUAUUGUGUUUGAAGCAUAAUGUGAUAAAAGUUGGACGGCUUUAUUCAAGUAGUCUUCUUGUGUUAGGAAUGGAUUUGACGCUUGGGAUCUACACAGCGUCUGACUGGGAGUGCUGAUCUAGGAUCAGGUCCACCCUGUCCAUGUAAUCCUGGAUCAGCACUCUUUAACUCUUGAGACGCUUUGUGGCUACGGACUCUGCUCACCACACUCCAUUUAUAACAAUGUCAAUGAGUGUGAUGCCACUUUUCUGCUCUUUAAAAAAAAAAACAUAUGUUUUUAAGUUGGGAUCUACCUUUAGUUUAGCUGCGUUUAUUAUGUGGACUAAAUGGGAUUCUGAAUGUCUUUAAGUUAUAUAGAUGUUAUGACAAUUUCCUUGUAUCACUGUGCAAGCUAAACCAAUAUGACCAAUAUGAAGAAAUGUCCAAUGAGUGACUGAGCUGAUUUAGAAUAGACUACUGACGUCUCUGGUCAACACUUGUUGUUUGUCAUUCUGCCAGUCUUUUCAAUGAAUAGGAAAUCCAGAGGUACUGACACGACCAAUGAGCUCACAGUAUACUAUUGUUUUCUUCCUGUAACGAAUGAUUUGUAACCCUUAACCUCAUUGCCACCACUGUUGCUGUAUUAUGAACUAGGUAAGCAAAUAAAUAAUAUACUACUGA